AUGGCGUCUCCAAAGGUAUCUGCGGCUCUGCAGCAAAUCGCAGCAUCAGAGGAGAAGGGACCAGGUUACGAAGCUCUACUGUCCCAAGUCCAAUUCACAUCUAGCUCCGCCCAGCUCCCAGGAGACCUAAUCGCCAUCCUCGACGCCAUAUUCGCCGACUCGUUGGGCAUUGUAGCCACACGUUCGCUUGCUGGCUCAUUUGUAGCAAACCUGAAGACCCUGAAAACAAAUGAAGCCAAAAUCGAAGUUGGCGAGCACGCUCUAGGCAUCUUCCAAUCCCAAGCGGCCUCCUACGAAGAACAGAAUGCGCAUGUCCGCGAGCUUAUGGCAGAUGCGUACGAAGCAGAUGAAGGAAACUUGGAAGCUGCGAAGAUCCUGGCGGGCAUCCCUCUCGAAUCAUCCCAGCGCAAGGUGUCAAAUGAGGAUAAGGUCAAAUUCUGGAUUCGCAUUACGAGAAACUACCUUGAGGUCGACGAUACUACACUCGCGGAACAGUAUCUCAACAAAGCCAAGAACCUUAUAUACACUGUCUCAGAUCGCGAUCUGAAUCUACAUUUCAAGCUCUGUCAAGCCCGUAUCCAGGAUGCGAGACGCAACUUUUUAGCUGCGGCGCAGGGAUAUCAGGAUAUCAGUUUCAUGCCGGUCAUUGCGGAAGAAGAGCGUCUUCAUACUUUGAGCAUGGCUAUUAAAUGUGCGGUCCUAGCACCAGCUGGUCCAGCUAGGAGUCGGGCGUUGGGGCGACUUUACAAGGAUGAGAGAGCUGUUACGUUGGGCGAGUAUGGUAUUCUGGAGAAGAUGUUUCUGGAUAGGCUUUUGACGCCGGAGGAAGUGGCUAAAUUUGCUGAAGGACUGGCUGAACAUCAACUGGCAAAAACAUCUGAUGGAAGUACGGUUUUGGCAAAGGCUGUCGUGGAACAUAACCUGCGAGGUGCUUCGAGACUGUUUAACAAUAUUGGUUUUGACGCUUUGGGUUUGUUAUUGGGUUUGGAUGGGGAUAAGGCCGAAGAGACAACCGCUAGGAUGAUUGAGCAAGGUCGAUUAGUGGGCAGGAUUGACCAGGUUGAGAGAAUCAUUUGGUUUGAGGCUCGUGAGGCUUCAGGUGAGAAGGGUAGUGGUAGAGCUGAGGGCGUUGUUGGGAAAGAAUUGCGGAGAUGGGACUCUAAUGUUCAGGGUCUUGCAGAAGAAGUCGAGAAGGUCACUUCAGAACUGCAGCUACGCUACCCUGACUUUGUUGCAGCCAAUUUAACCGUUUGA